AUGAUCGCGUUGAAAUUCACAUUUGCGAUUCUGACAAUUGCUGGAUGCUGGCGACCUUCCUCGUGGACUUCGCUGACCAAACAUAUAUUAUAUGACGUCUAUACAUUGUUAGUAAUUUGUCUCAUGUACAGUUUUACAUUCUCGCAAUUUAUGGACGUUGUUCUGAACGUUGAUAAUCCAGAUGAUUUUACUGAUAUUGUAUACGCGAUGUUCACCAUGAUCGCUGCAGAUUAUAAAAUAUUCAAUCUGUUUGUGAAUCAUGAGAGUUUCGCGGAAUUAAUUCAGAAUCUUACGGAAGAGACUUUUAAACCACUAUUACUUAUCGAAAUCAAAAUUCGGCGAAAAUUUGAUAAGAUGAUACAGAAUAUCGCAAUAUGUUAUUCUAUUAUGGUUACGGUCACAUUUAUAGGCCAUGUUUUGAUAUCGUUACUGACAAAUUUCAAAAAGAGGCAAUUAACAUUUAGGGGAUGGAUACCGUAUGAUUAUUCGUCAUUCAUGCUAUUUUGUCUCACAUACGUUCAUCAAUACUUAGGUUUAAUGGCCGCGUGUCUUGUUAACGCUGCUUGUGACAGUCUCAUUGUUGGUCUGUUAUUGCAUUUGUGCUGUGAAAUUCAGAUCUUACAAUAUCGUUUGAAAAGUUUUAUAAACGGCCAUUGUACUCUACGUGACUGUGUACGCCAACAUCGUCACAUAAUCGAAUUUGCAUAUACGACUAAUGAAAGAUUUACGAAAAUAAUCGCAUUUCAAUUCGUAGCAAGUACAUUUCUAGUGUGUUCAAAUUUGUACCGAUUAACUAGAACUAAAUUAGUUAUGGAUUUUAUUGCGUUUUUUGCAUAUACGUUUUGUGUACUUGUACAAAUUUUCAUCUAUUGCUGGUUUGGAAAUAAGCUAAAAUUGGUGGUAUGCAUACUAAUAUUAUUAGUUUUGAAAUUAUUAUAAUUUAUAAUGCACAUUCUGAAAUUAACACGUACAAUUUGUGUGAUCACUGGAUGCUUCCGACCGCCAUCGUGGACGUCUUUGUUUAAACGAAUAAUUUACGACAUCUACAGAUUGUACGUAAUUAGCAUGAUGUGCACUUUCACAUUAUCGCAAAUAAUGGAUAUUGUUAUGAAUGUUGAUAAUCCUAAUGACUUCACUAAUAAUUUGAAUAUGAUGUUAAAUAUGUCAGCUUCGUGUUAUAAGAUUUAUGUCGCCUCAUUAAGUUACAAAAACAUUGUUGCAUUAAUUAAUUAUCUUACUGAAGAACCAUUUAAACCGUUAGAUUUGGGUGAAAUAAAAAUUCGACGACAAUAUGAUAAAAUAAUACGAAACAAUACUUUGCGCUACACGAUUAUGAUUGCGACAGCAUGGACAUUUAUGAGUUUGAUGUCAUUGCUCACUAACUUCAGACAUAGGAGGUUAACAUAUAGAGGAUGGAUACCGUAUGAUUAUUCGUCUUAUAUAAAAUUUUGUCUUACGUACGGUCAGCAACUAUUAAGCACGUUCCACGGUGCUUCUGUAAAUGUUGCUUGCGAUACUCUCCUGUGCGGGUUUUUAAUGCACAUAUGUUGUCAGAUCGAGAUCUUGGAAUAUCGUCUAAAAAAAAAUGUGUGCAAUCAAUUUAGUCUGGACUAUUGCAUACACCACCACAACCGGAUUUUUGAAUUUGCGCAGAUGGUGAACACAAGAUUCACACAAAUAAUUGGAUUCCAGUUUAUGGCAAGUACAAUGGUAACAUGUUCUAAUUUGUAUCAGCUGACUAAGUCAACUUUGAACGCAGAUCAUUUUGCGCUAGUAAUGUACACAUGUGCCACGCUAAUACAAAUUUUUGUUUAUUGUUGGUUUGGAAACGUAGUCAAAUUAAAGAGUUUGCAUUUAACAGACAGUAUUUUUCAAAUGGAUUGGUCAGUUGUAGAAAAUAGUGUUAAAAAAGACAUCUUACUAAUUAUGAAGCGUGCAAUGAUACCUAUUGAAAUUUCUACUGUACAUAUUCUGACUAUCAAUUUGGAUUCCUUCGUAGCGGUUAGUGUAAAAAUUGUUUUAAAUGUUGACAAUCCUUACGACUUCACUAAUAAUUUAAAUACGCUCAUGACUUCAUCUGCUGCAUGCUAUAAGAUGUUUAUUGUGUGGUUAAAUUAUGAGAAAAUUGCAGCGUUAAUUAAUUGUCUUACUGAAGAGCCAUUCAAACCAUUAAAUUUGGAUGAGAUAAAAAUUUGGCGACAAUACGAAACAAUAAUACGAAACAACACGUUACGUUAUACAAGUUUGGUUGGAACGACAUGCUCGUUUAUGGUUCUCAUGUCAUUAUUGACAGAUUUUAGACACAAAAGAUUAACAUUUAGAGAAUGGGUACCAUACAAUUACUCGUCUGACAUAAGUUAUUAUUUAACAUAUGCUCAACAAAUGAUAAGUGAUAUCCAUUGCGCUUGCGUAAAUAUCGCUUGUGAUACUCUUCUAUGUGGCUUCUUAAUGCAUAUAUGUUGUCAGAUCGAGAUCCUGGAAUAUCGCCUAAACAAUAUUUCAAAUAAUCAAUUUACUUUGGGCUACUGCGUACGUCAUCAUAAUCGAAUUUUAGAAUAUGCUCAAUUAGUGAAUGUGAAAUUUACAAAAAUAAUCGGAUUUCAGUUUAUGACAAGUACGAUGGUAAUUUGCAGUAAUCUGUAUCAACUAACCAGUUCUACUUUGAGCGCAAAUCAUGUUCCAUUAAUUAUGUAUACAUGUUGCAUGCUGACACAAAUAUUUAUUUAUUGCUGGUUUGGAAACAAAGUCAAAUCCAAGAGUCUUCAACUAACAAGCAGCAUCUUUCAAACUGAGUGGCCAAUUUUAGACAAUAGUAUUAAAAAGAGCCUUUUGCUAAUUAUGAAGCGUGUAGUAAUACCCAUCGAAAUUUCAACUAUAUAUGUUCUAACCAUAAAUUUGGAUUCUUUUAUGGCGUUGCUCAAAACAUCGUAUUCCGUUUAUAAUUUAUUGGUGCGAGUGCAAGAAUAA